AUGAAGCGGAUCAAGUGGAUCCUGUGGAUAUUCGCGUCGCUAUUGCAAGUAUGGCCACUGGAACAAGGCCGUAUCUGCGGUUUCUUUGAGGCACAGUUCUAUCGUUGUAUGGAAGCGUAUGGAGCAAAAUUAGGACGUAAAUAUUGUGAUCUUGAACAUCGCGAUUUCAGAGAAUGUUUGACUGGGGAUAAACAAAAGAAACGUGCUGCAGCCAUUGCUGCCCAACGACGCAAACUCUACCGUGAAGGCAAAUUAGACCAGGCAUUCCUCGACAAUCAUCCGCAAGUAGGACACUUCGAGCCGGACCAUUUUUCAUGGAAUAAGAUCCAUUAGCUUUCGUAGUGUGUAAUUCUGUAGAGUAUAGAUAAAUCGAUAAAUGAUGUGAAGGCA